AUGCAUGCUGGAGACGAAGAUGCGCAUGUGCGACAUGCUCAAGCAGUGCGUUUCCUGACGUCACUCCGCUCGUCUUCGAAGGACACUCGCAUUCAUUUGACACCGAAGCAUGUGGACUUUCUGCAUUCGAAAGGCAUGAGCGACGACGAGAUUGAACGCGCGCGGCAAGAUGCUGAGCGCCCUGAUUAUACGAACAUGAUGCAUAUAUUCGACGAUGACCAAGCGCGGAUCCAUGCGUCAGGCGAUAGUGCUGCAUUUGAACAAGCCGCCGAUUCGUUUCGUGCGCCGCUUCUGGGCUUGACCACUACUUCUGAUGCACCGCCUAUUCCUCCUGCCGCAUCUUAUCCCAGGUCACCUUUGGUUUUGUAUUCAGCCGCCGAUGCACCAGUGCCGCGGCGCGAUGCAACCCAGAUUCUUUCGGACUUUGCAGCUUCUAUGGCACGGCCACGGUAUGACACGCUUGUGUCCUAUUUCCGCCUAUUGCAUUUGUUACUCAUGUUGACGGGUGGUGGAGCAGCCAUCGUUGUGGCUAUGUAUCGAAAGUUCCUGAUGCCGAAAAUUGCUGCCAUGAUUGAGGCACGCACGAGUCUGCUGUCUCUGCAGUUGGAGAACUUCGGCAAGAUGCUAGAGUCCUUGACUUGUCUAAGAUCCACCAAGUUGGCUCGUCUCCUGCCUGAGGAUUACAAACCUACAUGGACAGAACAAGAGCUGGAUUCAAAACAGGUCCAGAAAUCCGAAUCCGGGCAGGAGUGCGGGUCGAAUCUCGGGAACAACCAAGAUGAUCAUUCUGUACAAGAUGAGAAGCAAAGGGAGCAUACGAAGCAUGAGUCUAGCGAUGGCGCUAUGGUCAACUCCUCUUCUAACAAACAAGAUAGCGCUCUCUCUUUCUGUGCCAACAGGCCCAAGUCUGAGCCUGAGGAGCCGUCUCAAUGGCAUGUCUCUUCUGUCAACGAUGACGAGACGUCGGAGGGUGAAAACGCACAUGUAUCUGCACGUAUACGUCCAACGCGGCGACGUGUGCUGGAGCCGAUCGACAUCACUCAUCCUUUACGCGAAUCACUGAGUCGGCUCGCACAGACGCUCCGAAAUGCGCAUAGGUCAAGCACCUAUGACACUAUACCCAGCGAUACGGAUGAACAUGGCCUCUUGGAUCUCACGCCCAUUCCAGAGGCUGACGCAGCGUCAUCGGGACAAUCACUGCCCCAUUCAGAUGGUCCCUCUGCUGGCAUACGUGCAUUUCGGAAGACCUUGGAUCAAGUACGUAAUGAGCUGCGCGCGUCGGUCUUAUCCGAUGAUGAGCCCAUGAGCCUGGCCAGUCAUCGAUUUAGCGCAUAUACACAAGCGUCAUCGUCUCGACCCACCUCAGGCCCAGCUGUUGAAAUCAUGCAGAUGAAAGCAGACAUUCGCAGUCUUAAAGGCCUACUGCUCAGUCGCCGAAACUUUCCCUCGUUCAUGCGCUCAGCUCGUGCAACGUCGUCACUACCCAGCUCAACCGCCACCUCGUCUUCAUAG